UAAAAACACACACACACACACACACUCUCUCUCUUUGGUCGCGGCCUGGUCCUGACAGGAAGCCUCUGCCUCGCUUUACGGCCGAGCGGGAGGCGACGCGGCCGCUGCUGAGGAGACUUCGGGGACAUGGCGGAGGUACCGCCGGGGCCUAGUCGCAGCCUGCUCGCCUCCUCGCCUCCCUCGCUGCUUCCGCCCUUCCCAGGAGCCGCCGAAGAGGAGGAAGAAGAGGAGGAGGGGGAAGGGCGGAGGAGGAGGAGAAGGCCCGAGGAAGGAGAAGGAGAAGGCGAGGCCGGGGAUGGAGGCCUACCUCUCCACCGCCCGCCGUGCCCGCCGCACCGCCUCCACCACCAGCUCAACGGGCUCAUCGCGGGGCCACACUUGCGGGGCGCCCUCAAGGGCAAGGCCUUGACUGGCGUGGGCCACGAAGAGCCACCCACCCACAGCAACCACCUCCGCCGUGUCUCCCUCCCCAAAGCAAGGACUGCCCAGCACCACCACCGGGACAGGAACGGGCUGGCCUUGGGAGCCGAAGAAGGGGACGACAGCGAGGACAAGGACGACGAAGACGACGAAGAACAAGAGUCCCUGCUCCUCCUCUCCAGGUCUUUGGCACAGAAAUGCUCCACCGGGCCCCCCACCGCCGCCACAGACUCUUCCUGGCCUUCGGGGCAAGCGGAGGAGGAGGAGGACCCCACGAUACGAUAUGUGCGCUACGAGUCCGAGCUGCAGAUGCCAGAUAUCAUGAGACUGAUCACCAAAGAUCUGUCGGAACCCUACUCCAUUUACACUUAUAGGUAUUUUAUCCACAACUGGCCUCAGCUUUGCUUUUUGGCAAUGGUAGGAGACGAGUGCGUAGGUGCCAUCGUCUGCAAGUUGGAUAUGCACAAAAAGAUGUUUCGCAGAGGUUAUAUAGCCAUGUUAGCAGUGGAUUCCAAAUACAGAAGAAAAGGCAUAGGUACAAACUUGGUAAAGAAAGCUAUUUACGCCAUGGUUGAAGGAGACUGUGAUGAGGUUGUCUUGGAGACGGAGAUCACAAACAAGUCCGCAUUGAAACUUUAUGAAAACCUUGGCUUUGUACGAGACAAGAGGCUGUUCAGAUACUAUUUAAACGGAGUUGAUGCACUGCGUCUUAAACUGUGGCUGCGUUAACCGGAGGACUCUUCUUCCCAGCCAACAUGGCAGCGGCGUCCUUUGCAUGCAAUGCAAUUUAUGUGGAAUUGCUUUGCAAGUGGACUUAACUUCCAUGCAGCUCUUCUCUGUGAGUGUCUCAUCGACCGUCGCCCCUAAAUCGUUGCACUGUGUGGCAUGGCGCAUCUUGUUCUGAAUUUACGAGCGGUUGUUUCAGACUCCAGAUCCUCUUGGUAACCAAGAAGAUGUGCCACUAGGUAGUCAAGAUACUAUCUCUUCAUUUGCAAGUCUACUGACUCCUGUUAUAUAAAUGGUGAACAUUUUAUCUAAGAACCUGUGUAUGUGGAACACAACUUUCUUUUGGUUCAAGAGAGAGAGAAAAGCCAAUGUAGAUUGUAAAAUUCUAUAAGUAUACUAACAUUUCAUACAAAAACUCACCAUAGUUUUCUUUUUUUCUGGGGAAAAUGAAAACAGCUUCAACUUUAGGUUUUAUUUUUCAAUAUUGAACUUUCCAUUCUUAAAUAUUGGUACCUCAGUGAUUAGUGGAUGAAAAAAAUGUAUUGUAGGGUGGGGUGUGUGUUACAUCGAGUAACGGUAACAAUUACAUUGCGUCUGCCAGUGCCUGUAUAGAAACGUAUAUUUGUCUCCACCGCUAAUUUUUGAGUGCAUGCUUUUUUUUCUCUUGAUUUUAUUUUUUUGUCUUUGCAAGAAUGGCUUUUAUUUAAAUUCUGGAUUUGAUAAUAAAUUAUUUCAUUUAUAAUUUGGAUACUUCUCCCACGUGGGGGUCUUUACGAAGCCCUUCUCUUCAAGCAAGAAUGGUAAGCUAUCUUUCUAUCAAGAGACAAACAAAAACCAUGAGUAGCUGCUAAAAGGGAGUCUGAUGCACUUUUUCCUUUAAAGAGAGUGAGGGAUCUUUUUUUGAACAAAUUAAUGUAAAUCGUUUUGAUUUUUCAAAAUUAUCGCCAGAAUAGUACACCCAUUAUUUGAAAGCAGUUGGAACAACCUAGUGUUCAUAUGGAUUCAUGUUGUGUUGCUUCCAUACUCUAAAAACGUCCCAUCCUUUCAUUUUUUAUCUUGAAAGCACAUUUCCAAGUGCUUCAUCAUGUGCUUUCUCUCCAUUUCCUCUUAAAGUUUUUCAUAAGCCAAAACCCUUGCUGUUUUAAUUUUCUCCUACCUUUUUUUUUUUUGGCAGAAGAAUAUCCAAAGUCUGGAUUUGGAACAUUACCCCUUUUUAAAAUGGGCUCCAUGGGCUUGUUCAAACUUAGCAUCCUUUUUUCAGCAGUUACACAGUGUGUACUUCUGUCUGUCAGUGCAAUAUGUAAAGCAAAUCACUUCUUUUUGGCAGUUCAGCAAUGACAGCAUUGGUAAAUAAUAAAUAUAUAUAUAUAUGAGCAAAGCAUAAAAAUGACCCUAGAUGACUCAUGGGGAAAAAACGCUUCCUUCUAUUGAGAGAAAAAUCUUCAGAAUUCAACUUUUGCCUUACUAUGUUGUAUGUUAAGGAUUCAACCUGUCAUUUUGUAAUAUGGUUCGAGUUACUGUACAUUUGAGAGGACCUGGACCUCCAGUCGCCCUUUGAAGAAAAAAAGACCCGUUCUGGACAGCUUAGUAAGUUUAAAGGAAGGCCAUCCUUAUUUUGCACAGACUGAGCAUUUCCCCCACUAUGUAUAAGUUGUGAAUUGUAUUUGGGACAAAUAAAGGAUUUUAAUUUAAAACUG